UGAAAUCUUAAAACAAUAAACGUACUUAUAAAGCAUUUGUUUUAACACUUUAAAUAAGCACUUAACUUGUACCGGAUUAGUAAAACAAUAAACUGAAGGUGUUUUAGUCAAGAUCCUUGGUUUGGAACUUUAGAUUCUUUAGAAGAAACGCUAGGUCACUUAUUUUGAUAAAAUCUAAGCCACCCCACAUUUGCCAACUGGUGGGGAGCGCUUUCGUGCUUGCAAUAUUAUUGGCCAAGAUUUUCAGAAGCCUCGCCGAGAUUGAAUGCGAAAGCCCGAUUUUCAGUGCAUGUAAACACGCCAAACGGCACACGCGCUUCUAAUAUUGCGUAAUACAACGCUAUGCGAACGAAACAAAAAGUGUUUUUCAAAAUCCCAACAAACUUUUAUUAUUUAUAAUGUUGACUAUUUUGGCAAUUGUAAUAAAGACAUAGUUCGAGUUUGUAAAAAAUGUCUCAGCCAGGCGGACGAAAAGGCAAAAACAACAAAACUUCCGACACUGGUGAUCAGAAAGAAAAGAAAAAUAAAAAAGAAAAAGAACCCAGUGAACCACCAAAAGAUGCCAAAAAAGAAGAAGACAAAGAAACCAGCAAUGCGGACAUUACAUCAAGCGCUGGUGAUGAAGAAGCACCUCCACCAAAACCACAAAGUGCUGGUGCCAGUAUUCGUGAUGCGGCCCAACGUGUGCUUUUAUUAUCACAGAAAGGAGAAUGGGGACCGGUGGACCAAACACUCAAGUCCAUGGAGAAGGCGAUAACGAAUGCUGGUGAAGAUGCCAACACAAUACCUCUACUGGGAGUUGCAGACCCGGCGACGGGAAUGACACCGCUGAUGUACGCUGUGAAAGACAAUAGGACCUCCAUACUGGAUCGACUGAUUGAGUUGGGCUCUGAUGUGGGCGCGCGGAACAAUGAUAAUUAUAAUGCAUUACAUAUAUCAGCGAUGCAUUCACGGGAAGAUGUCGUCAAACUACUUUUAACCAAAAAGGGUGUUGAUCCGUAUUCAGCGGGUGGUAGUCGUCAACAAACUGCUGUUCAUCUAGUUGCAUCUCGUCAAACGGGGACCGCCACGGCUAUUUUGAGAGCUCUUCUACAUGCGGCAGGAAAAGAUAUUCGCGUCAAAGUUGAUGGCCGCGGAAAGAUUCCUUUACUCCUAGCUGUAGAAGCUGGUAAUCAAUCAAUGUGCAGAGAACUGCUUGGUGCUCAAACCGCAGAUCAACUAAAAUCAACAGCACCUAAUGGCGAUACAGCUCUUCAUUUAGCCGCGCGGCGGAAAGAUAUAGACAUGGUGCGCAUUUUGGUCGACUAUGGAACAAGCGUUGAUAUCCGUAAUGGCGAAGGACAAACUCCUCUUCACAUUGCUGCUGCGGAAGGCGAUGAAACUCUCGUUAAAUAUUUCUACGGAGUUCGUGCCUCUGCAAGUGUCACUGAUAACCAAGACCGAACACCAAUGCAUCUCGCUGCGGAAAACGGACAUGCAGCUAUCAUUGAAUUACUCGCUGACAAAUUCAAAGCUAGUAUCCUGGAGCGUACCAAAGAUGGUUCGACAUUAAUGCACAUUGCUUCACUGAAUGGUCAUGCGGACUGCGCCAUGAUGCUUUUCAAGAAAGGCGUUUAUCUACACAUGCCGAAUAAGGACGGUGCUCGAAGUAUACACACUGCAGCAAGGUAUGGUCAUGUUGGAAUAAUCAAUACGCUGAUUCAACGCGGUGAAAAAGUCGACGUCACCACAAAUGAGAACUAUACUGCUUUGCAUAUUGCUGUCGAGUCGGCCAAACCAAUUGUGGUGGAAACUUUGUUGGGGUAUGGAGCUGACGUACACAUCAGAGGUGGUAAACUAAAAGAAACAGCAUUGCAUAUUGCCGCACGCGUCAAGGACGGCGAACGCUGUGCGUUAAUGUUGUUGAAAUCAGGUGCAGGGCCGAAUUUAACAACUGAAGAUGGUCAAACGCCUGUGCACGUUGCUGCACAAUAUGGUAACAUGCAAACUUUACAGUUUCUACUUGAAGAUGGUGGUGAUCCUCAAUAUAAAAACAAAUCUGGAGAAACACCACUACAUUUGGCAUGCAAAGGAUGUCGUCCAGAAAUUGUUACGUACCUCAUCGACUAUGUCAAAAUAAACAAACCAGAUCUAAAAUUAAGUCACUAUGUCAACGAGCUCAACGAAAACGACGAAAGCUCACUUCAUUACAUUUGUCACGUGAAAAAAGAAGAUGUUGACUUACCAGGUGCGGAUCGUGAAUGUGUACGAAUACUACAACAAAAUGGCGCUGAUGUUUCACUGGUAUCUAAGCCUAACCAUCAAACUGCUUUCCAUUACGUUGCUGACGUGGGCAAUAACGAAGUAUUCCUAGAGAUGAUAUCGCACAUGAACGGCACGGAUGUACAAAAGGCGUUAAAUCGCCAGUCAACAAACGGAUGGACGCCAUUAAGCAUUGCCUCCCACAAAGGUCACGUGGAAAUGGUCAAUAACUUGCUUAACAAUCAAGCCAGAGUCGACGUGUUUGAUUUGGAAGGUCGCUCCGCUUUACAUUUAGCCGCGGAAAAGGGUUACACACAAGUGUGUGACUAUCUCCUCCAAAACAAGGCCUUCAUUAAUUCUAAAUCGAGAAACGGUCGAACUGCCCUUCACCUUGCCGCAUUAAACGGCUACGUACAUUUGGUCACGUUUUUGAUCAAAGACCACAAUGCAGUCAUUGAUAUCUUGACUUUGAAAAAACAAACACCACUACAUUUGGCUGCUGGUGCUGGACAAAUUGAGGUAUGCAAGUUGUUGCUUGAUUUGGGUGCCAACAUCGAUGCCACUGAUGACCAGGGACAGAAACCUAUACACGCCGCAGCGCAAAACAAUUACUCCGAAGUGGCCAAGUUGUUCUUGCAACAGCAUCCUAGUUUAGUAAUGGCUACUACUAAAGAUGGGAAUACCUGCGCGCAUAUUGCUGCUGCACAGGGAAGUGUCACGGUCAUUGAAGAACUAAUGAAGUUUGAUCGAUCAGGAGUUAUAUCAGCGCGGAAUAAACUAACGGAUGCAACACCAUUACAAAUUGCUGCAGAGGGAGGUCAUGCGGAUGUUGUGAAGGCUUUGGUUCGAGCUGGUGCUUCAAUAACAGAUGAAAACAAAAACGGAUUCACUGCGGUACAUCUAGCGGCCGCAAACGGUCACGGAACUGUUUUGGAUGUACUAAGAUCAGGAAAUAACCUAAGGGUUGUUAGUAAGAAAUUAGGUGUAACUCCAUUACACGUAGCAGCAUACUAUGGACAAGCUGAUACUGUACGAGAGUUAUUAACUAGUGUUCCUGGUACUGUCAAAUCAGAACCACCAAGUGGUACUGGUAUAGUUCCCUCGUUAGGAAACGAAUCAGGGAUGACACCGUUGCAUCUAGCAUCAUUUUCGGGCAAUGAGAAUGUCGUCCGACUGUUACUCAACUCUGCUGGUGUGCAAGUUGAUGCUGCGACGCAUGAAAAUGCCUACAACUCAAUGCAUUUAGCUUGUUUUGGUGGUCAUACUACUGUAGUUGGUCUCUUAUUAAGUAGAUCAGCUGAAUUACUACAAAGUACAGAAAAACAUGGCAAAACAGGUUUACAUAUUGCCGCAACUAAUGGGCAUUUGCAGAUGGUAGAGGUACUGCUUGGCCAAGGCGCAGAAAUUAACGCUACCGAUCGAAACGGUUGGACGCCCUUGCAUUACGCAUCGCGUGCCGGUCAAUUCGAGGUUGUUAAGCUGCUCACUGAAUCAGGUGCUUCCCCAAAAGCCGAAACAAAUUUAGGGGCAGUUCCGAUAUGGUUUGCCGCAUCCGAAGGCCAUCAUGAUGUCCUCGAAUACCUCAUGACUAAAGAGCACGAAACAUAUUCGUUAAUGGAGGAUCGUCGUUUUGUAUACAAUUUAAUGGUGUGUUCUAAAAAUCACAACAACAGGCCUAUUGAGGAGUUUAUUUUGGUAUCACCAGCACCUGUGGAUACGGCAGCGAAGCUAUCCAAUAUUCUCAUUACGCUGUCUACGAAAGAAAAAGAACGCGCGAAAGAUUUAAUUGCGGCAGGGAAACACUGCGAGUACAUGGCAACGGAGUUAUUAGCGUUAGCAGCUGGGUCAGAUUCGGCCGGACGAAUAUUAACUGCGAUCGAUAAUAGAAACGUUGAAUUUUUAGACGUUCUAAUCGAAAAUGAGCAGAAGGAGGUGAUUGCCCACACGGUAGUACAACGAUAUUUACAGGAAUUAUGGAGAGGUGCAUUAAACUGGGCAACGUGGCGUACACUCCUCCUCUUUAUUGGUUUUAUUUUUGUUCCACCUAUAUGGAUUGCGUUUACUUUACCUUUAGGCCACAAAUAUCACAAAGUCCCUAUUAUUAAGUUCAUGUCAUAUUUGACUUCCCAUAUUUAUUUGAUGUUUUUUCUUCUUUUAACCGCCAUAUUCCCCUUCUAUCCCGUGGUACGACCAGGACUCAUACCCUAUUGGUACGAGUUGGUGCUUCUUGUAUGGCUUAGUGGUGUGCUACUUUUUGAAUUGACAAAUCCAAGUGAUAAAAGUGGCCUUGGUUGGAUUAAAGUCUGCGUGCUCCUUUUCGGCAUUUUUGGUGUAGCAGUACACCUCCUGGGAUUAGUAGCCGUAGAUAGGAUGUACUGGCCAACUUUGAUGUACUGCCGGAAUCAAAUGUUUGCCAUUUCAUUCCUGCUGGCUUGUGUACAAAUCCUGGACUUUCUAUCAUUUCAUCAUCUCUUCGGACCGUGGGCGAUCAUCAUUGGUAACCUCAUGAAAGAUCUCGGACGGUUCCUUGCAGUAUUGGCCAUCUUCGUGUUUGGUUUCUCCAUGCACUUCGUGGCGUUGAAUCAACCGUUCAAGAACUUUUCCUAUGAAGAUGCUCGUCGAUAUGGAACCUAUCCCAUAUCAACGGUUUACUUCGGAGAAGAAUUAAUCGUUAAUCAAAGCGCUAGGAGUAAUGAGGACGCGGAAUGGAUCAGAAAGGUAAUAUCGCCCAGGCCCUUCGCGUCUGUAAAACGCAAACAACAUCAACCGGUUGAGCCUGAAGAGGGCAUGCUAAUGAAUCCGUUAAAGGCACUCGAGUUGUUAUUCUUUGCGAUAUUCGGCCAGACGACGUACGAGGAUCUGCUCGUGACCACCGGCGUGCGGCCGGAAUGGACGAAAGCGCUGUUUAAACUUGUAUUCGGCAUUUACAUGCUCGUCUCUGUGGUGGUACUGAUUAAUCUGCUGAUUGCUAUGAUGUCUGACACGUACCAGCGUAUACAGGCCCAAUCCGAUAUUGAAUGGAAAUUUGGUCUGAGUAAGCUGAUCAGGUCGAUGCAUCGUACAACUUCCGCUCCAUCUCCGAUUAAUCUCAUCACAACAUGGCUGUUUUACAUGAUAGAUUGGUGUAAACAAAGAAUAAAAGCAAAGAAACGAACCAGCAUGGCCAACCUUAUCGGAGGAUUCCAGCGCACACAACAGCUAAGCCCCCGAUCCAAAUAUGGUCAAAAAUGGUUGGCCAAAGUAAAGAAAGGUCGUCAAAUUGCACCGAAAGAAUCAGUUGCUGCUCUCUCCGUCUCUCAUGGACUCAGCCCACUGGGAUCUCAACUAAGUUUUUCAAUAGCAACAAACCGCAUUGAACAUGUGACUGAUUGGGAAGCCAUUGCUAAUAAAUAUCGCGCUCUAGUUGGAGCCAUCGAUGAAGUGAAAGAAAGCGGCAAUGAUGAUGAAGACGACAAUGAUGAUGACGAUGAUGGCCAAGCUGGAAAUAACGUUGCAGCCUAAUUUAUGAUCACCUAAACUUAAGUCACACCUAGAAAUCACAAAUCAUCUAAAAACAUGUUAGUUCCAUAAAUGAAAGUAUAUUCUAAUUGUUAAUAGAGUGCCAUUAUUUGUACAUUGAAGUUUCAAAUAUAAAUCAAAUCUUCAAGAA